AUUGAAACGGCCACGCACCGCAACUUUACAGUUGUCCGCCAUCAGCACCGUCGGGUCCUUCGCGAACCAUAAGAGCUGCGACACACCGAACACUACCUGUCCUCUCUUCCAGAUCGGUCGCAUCAUCGUCGCACCAAAGCAUAGGGCUGCACCUCCCGCACCCAGUCACUUCUGACUCCACAGUUGCAUCAACACCGGUUGGCCAACAACACCAGAUACAGUCAUGUCCGGGGGUCAGAACCUGCCCAUCAAGUUCCAGGAGCAUGUUCAGCUCCAGAAUUUGGGCAUCAAUGCAGCCAACAUCGGGUUUAACACCCUGACGAUGGAGUCAGAUAAAUUCAUCUGCAUCCGGGAGAAGGUUGGCGAGCAGAACCAGGUUGUCAUCAUCGACAUGAACGAUCCAUCGCAGGUCAUACGGAGACCCAUCACCGCGGACUCUGCCAUCAUGAACCCGGCCACGAAGGUCAUUGCACUGAAAGCCGGACGACAAUUGCAAAUCUUCAACAUUGAGAUGAAGGCGAAAGUGAAGUCUCACAUGAUGGCUGAAGACGUUGUGUUCUGGAAGUGGAUAUCAUUGUCGACGCUCGGCGUUGUGACCGAGACCGCAGUCUUCCACUGGUCCACCGAAGGCGACGCUCAGCCCCAGAAGAUGUUCGAUCGCAACGCCAACCUUGUCGGGUCGCAAAUCAUCAACUACCGUGUGUCGGCCGACGAGAAGUGGCUUCUGCUGAUCGGCAUCUCGGCCCAGCAAGGACGAGUUGUUGGAAACAUGCAGCUUUAUUCGAAGGAGAGGGGCGUGUCUCAGCCCCUGGAAGGUCAUGCUGGUGCUUUUGCAGAAUUGAAAGUCGACCCAGCACAACCACCUGUGAAGCUUUUCACUUUUGCCGUGCGCACUGCGACUGGAGCGAAGCUGCACGUUGUUGAGGUCGAUCACAAAGAGGGCACGCCAGUUUUCCAAAAGCGUGCUGUCGAUGUUUUCUUCCCUGCCGACGCGGUGACAGAUUUCCCCGUCGCUAUGCAGGUCAGCAAGAAGUACGACAUCAUCUUCCUUGUGACGAAAUACGGUUUCAUCCAUCUGUACGAUCUGGAAACCGGAACAUGUAUCUACAUGAAUCGCAUUAGCGGUGACACCAUCUUUGUGACCGCUGAGCUCGAGUCGACUGGUGGAAUCAUUGGUGUCAACCGGAAAGGACAGGUCCUCUCCGUCAGCGUUGAUGAGAACAACACGAUUCCGUAUAUUUUGAGCACUUUGAACAACCCAGAGUUGGCGUUGCGGCUGGCUACCCGCAACAACCUACCUGGAGCUGACAACAUUGUGGCGGAAAGGUUUAACCACCACAUGCAGACGGGAAACUAUGCGGAGGCGACCAAAAUCGCCGCCACCUCUCCUCGCGGUAUGCUGAGGACGCCCGCAACCAUCGAGCGAUUCAAGCAGGUUCAAGUUGCGCCUGGUCAGAUCACUCCUAUUCUCCAGUACUUUGGAAUUCUUCUGGAGAGCGGCGUUCUGAACAAGUACGAGUCUAUCGAACUUGCCCGGCCUGUGUUGCAGCAAGGCCGCAAACAGCUCUUGGAGAAGUGGUUGAAGGAGGACAAGCUCGAGUGCAGCGAAGAGCUCGGAGAUAUCGUGAAACAAUUCGACUCGACACUUGCGCUUUCUGUCUACCUUCGGGCCAAUGCCCCUAGCAAGGUUGUUGCAUGCUUCGCCGAGACGCAGCAAUAUGACAAAAUCGUUCUUUACGCAAAGAAGGUCGGGUACCAGCCCGACUAUGCCUAUUUGCUGCAGUACAUCAUGCGAAUCGACCCCGACAAGGGAGGACAGUUCGCCAGUCUCCUCGUCAACGACGAGAACGGACCCCUGGUCCCGCUCGAGUCGAUCGUGGAUGUGUUCUCUUCAUUGAACAUGGUUCAGCAAGCCACUUCGUUCUUGUUGGACGCUUUGAAGGAGAACAAGCCCGAGCACGCUGCUUUGCAAACAAAGCUUUUGGAGAUGAACCUUCUGCAUGCCCCUCAGGUCGCUGAUGCGAUUUUGGGCAAUGAGAUGUUCACUCACUAUGACCGUGCCUAUAUUGCAUCGCUUUGCGAGAAGGCUGGGUUGUUCCAGAGGGCGCUUGAGCACUACACGGACAUUUAUGACAUUAAGCGCACCAUUGUUCACACUCACCUGUUGAACCCCGAGUGGGUUGUGAACUUCUUCGGUCGCCUGUCGGUGGAGCAGUCUAUUGAGUCUCUGAAGGAGAUGCUCAACAACAACAUUCGCCAAAACUUGCAAAUCGUCGUCAAGAUUGCAACGAAGUACUCGGAACAGCUUGGUCCGAAAAACCUGAUUGACAUGUUCGAGUCUUACAAGAGCUUCGAAGGUCUGUACUACUACUUGGGAUCUGUGGUGAACUUCAGCCAAGACGGUGAAGUCCACUUCAAGUACAUCCAGGCCGCCUGCAGGACCGGUCAGCUCAAGGAAGUCGAGCGCAUCUGUCGCGAGAGCAACUGCUACGACCCCGAGCGGGUUAAGAACUUCCUCAAGGAAGCCAAGCUGCCUGACCAGCUUCCCUUGAUCAUCGUGUGCGACCGUUUCGACUUUGUCAACGACCUCGUCAUGUUCUUGUACCAAAACAACUUGUACAAGUUCAUUGAGAUCUACGUCCAGAAGGUCAACCCUAGCCGCGCACCCGAGGUCAUCGGUGGGCUCCUUGACGUUGACUGCGAUGAGAACGUCAUCAAGACCUUGUUGAUGUCUGUUCGUGGCGCUGUUCCCAUGGAUCGCUUGGUGGAGGAGACGGAGAAAAGGAACCGAUUGAAGCUUCUCUUGCCGUUCCUUGAGAGCAAGGUCAAGGAGGGCAACACCGAUGUGCACAUCUACAAUGCCAUCGCGAAGAUCUACAUCGACACCAAUGCCAAUGCCGAGCAUUUCCUCAAGGAGAACACCUUCUACGACUCUCGCGUGGUCGGAAAGUACUGCGAGAAGCGUGAUCCCUACCUGGCGUACAUUGCCUACGAACGCGGGCAGUGCGAUCAGGAGUUGAUCCAGAUCACGAACGACAACUCCAUGUUCAAACACCAGUCCCGUUACCUUGUCAAGAGACGGGACCCCGAGUUGUGGAACUUCGCCUUGCAGACCACCAACGCUUUCCGGAGGCAGUUAGUCGACCAGGUCGUCGCCACCGCUCUUCCCGAAACUCAGGAUCCCGAAGAUGUGUCCGUCACCGUCAAGGCCUUCAUGGCGGCUGACCUGCCCAACGAGCUCAUUGAACUGUUGGAGAAGCUUGUCUUGGAGGGAUCUGCUUUCAGCGACAACAGGAACCUGCAGAACUUGUUGAUCUUGACUGCCAUCAAGGCGGACAAGACCCGUGUGAUGGACUACAUCUCGCGCUUGGACAACUUUGAUGCCCCCGACAUUGCGAACAUCGCUGUCAAUGCCGAGUUGUACGAGGAAGCGUUCUCCAUCUACAAAAAGUACGAGCAGCACUCAAACGGUAUUGCUGUGCUUUUGGACAACAUUGGUGAUUUGGACCGCGCUUUUGAGUUUGCGGAGCGCGUGGACUUGCCGGAGGUGUGGAGCAAGCUUGCGAAGGCGCAGCUUGACCAUAUGCGUGUGACGGAGGCUAUUGACUCCUACAUCAAGGCCGACGAUGCCACCAACUACGGCGAGGUCAUCCAGGUCGCAAGUCGUGCCAACAAGUACGAGGACUUGGUCAGAUAUUUGCAAACCGCUCGCAAGAAGGUCCGCGAGCCGGCUGUUGAGAGCGAGCUGAUCUUUGCGUAUGCAAAGACUGGCCGUUUGGCCGAUUUGGAGGAGUUCAUCUCUUCCCCGAACUUGGCUCAGAUCGCUGUUGUUGGCGAGAGGUGUUUCGAGGAGAAGAUGUACGAGGCCGCCAAGAUCCUCUUCAACAACGUGUCCAACUGGGCACGUCUCGCCUCUACCUUGGUCUAUCUGAACGAGUACCAAGCCGCUGUCGACUGCGCUCGCAAAGCCAACUCCACCAAGGUUUGGAAACAGGUCAACGCCGCCUGUGUGGAAAACGGCGAAUUCCGUCUGGCCCAAAUCUGCGCUUUGCACCUCAUCAUUCACGCCGAGGAGCUCGAGGAGCUUAUACGCCUUUACGAGCGCCGCGGCCACUUCGACGAGCUUAUGUCGCUUCUCGAAGCCGGUCUGGGCCUGGAACGUGCGCACAUGGGCAUGUUCACCGAGCUGGGGAUCUUGUACUCCAAGUACAAGCCAGAACGCCUCAUGGAGCACCUCAAGCUGUUCUGGCAGCGCAUCAACAUCCCCAAGGUCAUUCGCGCUACCGAGAUUGCGCACAUGUGGCCCGAACUGGUGUUCUUGUACAGCCACUAUGAAGAACAUGACAAUGCUGCGUUGACGAUCAUGGAGCACGCGGCUGAUGCGUGGGACCAUACCGGCUUCAAGGACGUGAUUGUGAAGGUGUCCAACUUGGAGAUCUACUACAAGGCGUUGAGGUUUUACCUGGAGCACCAGCCACUGUUGAUCAACGACUUGUUGACGGUUUUGACGCCGCGAGUAGACCAUACGCGUGUUGUGCAGAUGUUCCAGAAGGGGAACAACCUGCCGUUGAUCAAGCCUUACUUGAUCUCUGUUCAGCAGGCCAACAACCAAGCCGUCAACACGGCUUACAACGACCUGCUCAUCGAGGAAGAGGACUACAAGUCUCUGCGUGACUCGAUCGACAACUUUGACAGCUUUGACAACAUUGCGCUUGCACAGCGCUUGGAGAAGCACGAGCUGUUGGAGUUCAGGCGCAUCAGUGCACACCUGUACAAGAAAAACAGGCGCUGGAAGCAAUCCAUCACGCUCUCGAAGCAAGACAAGCUGUACAAAGACGCGAUGGAAACGGCGGCCAUCUCUCGAGACACGGAAACCGCGGAAGAGCUUCUCCAGUUCUUCAUCGAGAGCGACAAAAAGGAGUGUUUCGCGGCGUGCCUAUUCACGUGCUACGAGCUCUUGCGGCCGGACGUGAUCAUGGAGCUUGCGUGGAGGAACGGGCUGAACGACUUUGCGAUGCCGUAUUUCAUCCAAAUUAUCCGCGAGUACAUGGGGAAAGUGGAUAAGCUGGAAAAGUCGAAUACAGAUCGGUCCCAGAAGGAGGAGGAGAAGGAGAAGCAAGAAUCCACAAUCAUGCCAGGCCUCGGCAACCCACUAAUGAUCACAUACGGCGGCGGCCCCAUGCCCGGCGGCCCUAUGCCUGGCGUCGGAUACGGCGGCGGCGCACCGGUGGGCUAUGGCCAACAGGGUCCCAUUGUGCAGCAGGGAGCUUACAGUGGGGUUAACGGGUUCAAUUCAUACUAGAGAAGUGGGUUGUGUGUUGAGAGAUACUUCAUAAUAUUCUGUUUUGUGUUUUUCAAUAAAUUUGGUGGGAC